AUGGUCACUAACACAUCACUGGUUGAUACCAAAUGGUCACCAACACACCAACAGUCAAUACCAAAUGGUCACCAACACACCAACAGUCAAUACCAAAUGGUCACUAACACACCACUGGUUAAUACCAAAUGGUCACCAACACACCAACAGUCAAUACCAAAUGCCUUUCUUACUCCCUCUUUCCAACCCUGUCUGACUCCCCCUUUCCAACCCUGUCUGACUCCCCCUUUCCAACCCUGUCUGACUCCCUCUUUCCAAGCCUGUCUGACUGACCCUCUCCAGGCCUGUCUGACUCCCCUUUUCCAGGCCUGUCUGACUGACACUUUCCAAGCCUUUUUCUUUUUUCCUCAUCUUUUUUUUUCAUUUUCUUUUUCGUUGUUUAAGUUUCUUCUUUUUUUUUCCUUUCCUCUUUUUUUCUUUAUCUUUUCAUUUGGAAACCUUUUUUUCAAGGCUCUAGACUAG